CGUCUGUGAUAUUUGACGGCGAUGUUAGCGACUCUCCCGAAGCCGAAAAGACCAUCAAUAAGAUUUCAGAUAAUAAACGAAAACAUCGCAUACGUUUAAGAACAUAAAACAACCACCAUAACAUUCACUAAGUGAAACGAUCCCUCAGAUAUAUGACGCAUUGAUUUGAUUCUUACUCUCAGUUGGGAUGUGAAAAGAGUGGACCUCUAACAGAGAAACCCUUCCUUAACUAACAAGACAAGAGUGACAACUCAACUUUAACCCCCCACACACAGUUUUAAUCUUCAGUCCUUUAGCAUCUGUCAGGUGGUGUGUGUGUGUGUGUUGCGGUCAUGUGGAUGAAGGCCAUGCUGGUGGGGUUGUUGGCGUUGGGCAUGGGCUAUCUGUACCACACAGAUCCAGAACUACCGGCCCACGUGCUGAAUUACGUCAGCGAAUCCCUAGCGCAGAUGCAGCCGAGUGGUGGCUCCCAGCCCCGCCCACCAGCUCUGGAAGAGGUCAUCGCACACGCCUGGCAGACGCUGAUCGCGGCUCCGUCCCGUCGCUGGAGGAAAGUGGCUGUGGGGGUGAACGCUUGUGUAGAUGUGGUGGUCUCUGGGGUGGGACUGCUGCAGGCUUUAGCUUUGGAACCGACUUCUGGAAGAGAUCAUGAGGUUCUUCACAGCAAAGAGGACCUGAAAGACGCCUUCAUCCACUACUUGGGGAAGGGCGCUGCCGCAGAGCGCUUCUUCUCAGAUAAAGAGGUUUUUCAACGGAUCGCGCGGGCGGCUGCAGAAUAUCCUGGUGCUCAGAUUUACGUGGGAGGAAACGCCGCUCUUAUUGGUCAGAAACUGGCGUCAAACCCUCAGCUGGUGGUCCUAUUGUGCGGUCCGGUGGGGCCCAAACUUCAUGAACUGUUGGAUGAGCAGAUUGUGGUUCCUCCAGAAUCUCUUCAGGAGACGGACGAGUAUCAUCUCAUCCUGGAGUAUAAGUCAAGUGAACAGUGGGGUUCAUCACGAGCCCCUCAGGCUAACCGCUUCAUUCUGUCUCAUGACGUCUCUAAUGGAGAGAUGAGAGCUCUGGAGACAUUUGUAUCCAGUCUGGAAGAGUUUAAUCCAGAUCUGGUGGUUCUGUCCGGUCUGCAUAUGAUGGAAGGAAUGGGUCGAGAUCUCUGGGAAAAACGCCUGAAAGAGGCGGUGGACGUGAUCUCAGACGUCAGGAACGAGGUGCCCAUCCACCUGGAGUUGGCCAGUAUGACAGACAGAGAUUAUAUGAACCAAAUUCUGCUGGAGCAGGUCAUGCCCAUCGUGAACUCCAUCGGUCUGAACGAACAGGAGCUGUUGUUUUUGACUCAGUCCGGAGGCGGUCCUCACGCUGACCUCACCUCCUGGGACGGGAUUCCGGACGUGGGCCGCGUCAGCGACAUCCUGCUGUGGGUCCUGGAGCGACACGGUCGGGCGGACCGGGAAUCCGAGGCCGAUCUGACCAGGAUACACUUCCACACGCUGGCGUAUCACGUGUUGGCGACGGUGGACGGUCACUGGGCCAAUCAGGUGUCGGCGGUGGCCGCCGGCGCUCGCGUGGCCAGCGCUCAAGCCUGCGCUUUACAGGCGGUGGACGUGUCUAAAGUCGUCCUCAAAGCUCCCUUGCACUUCUACAGCUCUUUCACAGAACCCAGAGAACGUCUGAUGGUGGACCCGUCGAGCCCGGUGACCGUGUGGCACAGAGGGAACGUGUCCUUCCAUCUCACGCCGGUCCUGGUGUGCAAACAGCCGCUGAGGACUGUGGGAUUGGGAGACGCCAUAUCGGCGGAGGGGCUUCUGUUCUCGGAGGCUCUUCUGUGAGGCGGAAAUCUUCAUCUUGACUGGAGCGGAUUGAAUCAUCACAAUGAAAACUGGAGUGGACUCUCUCUCUCUCUCUCUCUCAUCCUGGAGACUUUGUUGUCAUGACUUUUCUCUGAAACUCUUAUUGUGAAAGACUGCACUGAACUUAAACCAGGCACACUCCACCUGAUUUAUUGUUUCUCUUUUAUUCUGUAAGGCACAAAAGGAUUUAUUUUACAGCAACGUCCAGACCACUUUUAUUCCUAAAGUUGAGCUCCUGAACUGACAAAAGCAGAAGCUGGUUUUAUGUGAGAAUUUGAACUGAAGUGGAUUCAGCCUCUCAGAUGUCAUUCAGAUCAAAUCUGGUGCAUUGAUGUUGAUAAUAAGAUGACGAACAUUCAACAUUAAAUCUGCUUAGACAUGUUUUAUGCUGCCAGAUUAGAAUAUUAGUUAAUAAUGAUGUCAGACUAUAUGAAUCUAGAAUAUGAGACUGGACACCAUUAAUCUCAAGAUUUUGUUUUGCACAGAAAUCAUGUGUAAAUUGACGUUCUUUUACAUUUAUUAGUUAGGAUGAUGAGAAAGAUAAAGUGAGAUUUUACAGUCUGAUGUCAGAAGUAGAAGAAAUCAGCUCUAUAAAAACGGUUAACUGUUGGUGGUCUUCAGCUUUAUUCGGUGGUGACAGAGUUGAUGUGUGUGCAUAACAUCUCAUGUAAGACAUGAUCUGUGUUCAGUACAACAGCGGUCAGUUCACAUAGAAACAUUGUCAUCGUCCGGUCAGUUUACAGUGAUGAUCUUACACUUUCUCCAGUGUUAACAUUCAUCAACUGUUUUGAAAUCUACACCUGUGUGUCAUAAAUAAGUUUUGUCUUCAUCACAGCCGUCAUUGAUGUGAAAGAUUGAAUACGCUCUGUACACAUAUUGAAUCUGAAACGGUCAAUAGUAGCACACAUGAACUUAUUGUGUUUAAGGGUUUAUUCCGAUCAUGUUAUUUUCUCUGGACUCAAUCGAUUGUUAAUGAUCUUCAGGGUGCAGGUGGUGAUAUUUCAUCAUGUGUAAAUAUUUUAAAUGCAUUGAUCUGUUUACAUUGGACUGCUGGUGUAUGUUGUGAUUCAUUCAUAUGUUCUGUCCGGUUUUGUAACAUCAUACAGAAUGAAUUUGUCGGUGCGAUUGACUUUUUCUUCAAGAAUCAAGAGUCAGUCUUCGUUUUUUUCUUUGCUGUAACACAAACACUGUUAUAGUUUCUCAGUCUUUGGUUUAUAGAGUUACACUGUUGACAUCUGGAAUUCACACUCCACCUGUUUAGGAUGUAAGUCUUUAGAUUACUGUAUUUAGAUUGGGAAAUAAACUAUAUUAUACAUGGAGGCAGUUUUACUAAACUAAACAAACUAGAAGAGAAGAUUUGUUAAAAACAAAUGUCAAGAUGUCAGAUAGAAACUAGCAGUACAUUCAUACACUACACUAGCGUUAGUCUUGAAGUGUUAUUGGGUUACAAGUCCUUGGAUCAUAAUGUUAAGAUCAAAUAUAUUCCGCUCUGUUUCCUUGAGUAUGGAAUAUUUUUAUACCAAUAAAAUAUUUCUGUUGAUUCACUGAUGACAUGGCUC